AUGGCUCAAUUCAGCGCCGACAAUCGCGACAUUGCUUGCUAUUUGGUGACGAAACACUCAUGGAAGGGAAAAUAUAAGAGGGUUUUUUCGAUUGGGACAUUGGCUAUUACUACUUAUAGUCCGCAAUCGCUGGAAAUCACAAAUCAGUUCCUCUAUUCCGAUUUUCUCGGCGUCAAACCAUCGCCGAAAAAUGCACAAAAUGAAUCGCGACACGACGAAUUUGUGAUACAUGUUCGGCAGAAGGGCAAGAAGGACACGAUGCGCUUCUCAUCGGAAUACACGACGGAGAUUCUCACACAUUGUCUACAGUAUAGCACGAAAUUCGCCGAACGCAAUUUCGAUCCGAUGACUGUGAACGCUUUUAAACAGAGCUGGAGUGAUCGACGGGUACCGGUGGUUUUGAGAGCAAGCCCAUCGUGUUUGGAGCAGAUUGACAAUCGUGGAGUCAUUGUUCAAAGCUAUCCUUAUAAGAACAUUCGAAGCAUUGGGAAGAUCUCUGAUUGCCCCGGUGGAUUUGUCGUCGACGUUGGAGAGCAUAGAAGACGGCAUAUGUUCGCGUGUUCCGCCUACGAGGACCUUGUCAAGGAGAUUCGUCGGCUGGCGGCCGAGAAUAUUGGGAUUGUUGUCCCGAUUGCGAAAGAGCAGAUCAGCCUCGAGGACUUCAUGCGCACACGAUUAGGAUUGUGUAGUCGCGACGAGGAGCUCACCUCGUACGCCGAAUUCAAAGUGUCGAAAAUCACGACGCGAAACGAGAAUCCGACGCGACGACUUCUUUGCCUAAGCGAGACGUGCAUUAUUGAACGCGAUAUGGCGACAUAUUCGGUCAUCUGCGCGACACCGUUGAAACAUAUUGUUUGUCUUGUUAGAAGCGAGAAGGACCCCCAACAGUUUAUUGUUGAGUAUGAGAAUGGUGAUGGGCGAGCUUAUGUCGCCGCUGAACGGGAUUUGAUUCUGGCGUCGUUGUUGGAUGGCAUUCGCGCUUCUGGAAAUAAUGAAGUCUUUGUAUGCGGUCAUAGAUUCGAGCGACAUCUUCGAAUUUUGCCGUUCACGACGAAUCUCGAUGAGGACAGCGAAUCGCAAUGCAUGCGGCACAUCAUCGCUUCUCCGCCCGGAUUGAAACGAUCGGACAUGAUUCGUCGAUUCAACGCGAACGUGCCGUAUUCGGGUUUGAGAUUCUCGAAAUCGCACGAGGGCUUCUUCACGGAGAAUAAGGGCAAAGUGAUUGUUGGAGCGAUUGAGGCGGUGCUCAGCGAGAACUACACGGCCGAUGAUGCGCAAUAUCGGCAUAAAACUGAAGCGCAAUUGUUGUGUUUGCGGCGGCUAUUCGCGUCGAAAAGCGGAUUUCAGGCGUUCACCGAAGUUACCGGUGUUCGUGAGAAGCUUGGCAGUUUGGUUGUCAGGGUGCUCUCAUGGAAGUCCGAGUCGGUCGAUCAUGCGACGGUUGAGGCGCUGUGCGCAUUGAUGUACCCAAUGCAUGAUCAAUAUGAGCUAAGAAUUGAGCAGCUCAAUAAACAAAGCUUGAUGAGCAGUCCCGCUUUCAUCGAAACCCUUCUCGAUUUGAUCGUGACGCACGUGGAUCGAUCGACGGGAUGGCUUGUGAUCGCCUCGAUGCUCAACUUCCUCACGUUCUCGGUGUGCUCGCCGUACUCGGAGACGACGUCGGGCGACACUUUCGAUCACAUCCUUCGUUUGGUUUCGGCGCGCGGUCGCAGCUUCUUCAAGCUUUUCCAAUGCCCGAGCAUGACAAUUGUGAAGGGCGCUGGAAUGGUGAUGAGGGCGAUCAUCGAGGAGGCCGAUGUUGAGACGUCGAAAUCGAUGCAGAUGUUGGCGCUAUCUGAAGGCGCAUUUCUGACACACUUGUAUAUGGCGUUGCUCUCGAACGGCAAGGACUUGCGGGUGAUGACGAAUCGACAGCUCAGCGGACACUUGAUUAGUUUGUGGAUUGCCGAUAAUAAGCCGGCGAACGAUUUGCUCACGAGAUGUCUGCCUCGCGGAUUGUUGAACUAUUUGGAUUCGGAUGAGAAGGUUCCCGUUCAGGAGAAGGAUUUGCUGAUACCUCGGAAUAAUCUCACGGCGGCGACGAACGAGUCGAAGCAGAAUGCGAUGAAGGAGAAAAUCGAGCAGUUGCGCGUAACCGCCGAAGCCGGAUUGGAGCGAUUCAUUCAGCAUUGGGAUCUCGAUCAUAAGCUCAACUUUUUGCCGAGAAUGGUCGACGAGAAGCAACAGCAACGGCAGCAGCCGGUUGUGCUACGAAAGCGUCGGAAUCGCGUCAAGCCGACGGUGAACUGGAAAUUGUUCGCCUAUCAAUUCGCGCGCGAUCACUCGCAAGCGGACUUGAUAUGGAAUGAGAAGACGCGCGAAGAGUUUCGACACGCGAUGGACACGGAGACGCGGGCGUUGGCCAGCGAGAAGGAGCAGGCGGCGACGGGUGUGCCGAUCGCGUGGAAUCAUACCGAAUUUCAGGUUCGAUAUCCAUCAUUGCAAGAGGAAAUCAAGAUUGGUGACUAUUAUUUGAGAUUGCUGCUUGUCGAGGACGACGAGAAUGCGACGCCGAUUCAUAAUCCUGUCGAAUUCUUCAACAACGUCUACCAUCGAUUUUUGCUCUCAUCGAAGCCUGACAUGAGAUGUUUGUGCCUUCGUGCAAUGGCGAUCACCUAUUCAAGGCAUCACAUGACGAUUGGUGCAUUCUCAGACGCCAAAUAUUUUGUGGCGAUGCUCGCCAAAUGUAUAAAUCCGCUUGAACGAGAUCAUUUGCUUCUCCUUCUUUCGAAACUCUCGCUGAACAAGGAGAAUGUGCGCGAGUUGAUUGUUUCCAACAUCCUGCCGCUUCUCGUUGAUUUCUCGGUUUUGGCGCAUUUGCACGUUCAGCGUGCCAAGGUCCAAAAUCAGACGAACGUGAUUGAAGCGAGUGCCGAACAGCUCUCGGAAGGCGGUUCGGACGAAUGGUACUACAAUGAUAAGGAGAAUCAACGACAGGGUCCGGUGUCGUUUGAGAAGAUGAAAACGCUUUACGAGGAGAAGAAGAUUUUUGAGAAGACGCCUGUUUGGGCUGGUGGAAUGGAUAAAUGGAUGAGUUUGGCGUCGGUUCCGCAAUUCCGUUGGACGAUUUGUCAGCACAAGGAUAGCGACGAAUUGUCGUCGUCGACGACGACGUCGUUUCAAGCCACCGUGUUGAACUUCACCGAUUUGUGUGUGCUCUGUCUUGACACGAUGCUCCAAAUGUGCGAGUUCUUCCCGUCGCGCGACGCUCAUGAUUGUGUCGUUCGUCCGAUGCCGGCGAUCAAAAAGCAGCUCACCGAGCCGGUGUUGCUCUAUCAAAUCGUUCAACUCCUUCUCACCUAUGAGCCGCAAAUUGUGCAGCGUGUCGCCUCGCUCCUCUAUUUGAUCAUGCAGGAUAAUCCGUUCUUGCCGAGAUUGUAUCUUUCUGGAGUGUUCUAUUUCAUAUUGAUGUACAAUGGAUCGAAUGUGCUUCCGAUUGCGAGAUUCCUGCAUUAUACCCAUAUGAAGCAGGCUUAUCGAUCGAGUUUGCCGCAUUUGGAUUCGACGCGACAAUCGAUUCUUGCCACACUGCUCCCGGAAGCUGCCACAUUCUAUCUCGAAGAGUAUGGUCCCGAGAAGUACGCUGAGGUGUUUUUGGGCGAAUUCGACAAUCCGGAGAUCAUCUGGAACACCGCGAUGCGAAGGCAUCUGAUUGAGAGGAUUGCUGUUCACGUCGCCGACUUCUCGCAUCGUUUGACAUCGAACAUCAAAGCGCUUUAUCAAUUCUGCCCGAUUCCGCUCAUCGACUAUCCGGAAUUGACCGAUGAGCUCUUCUGUCAUGUCUACUAUCUUCGGCAUUUGUGCAAUCGGCAGCGAUUCCCGGAUUGGCCGAUUCGCGAUCCGAUACCGUUUUUGAGGUCGUGCCUCGCCGCGUGGUACGAUGAGCUUGAGAAGAAGCCGGCGACGAUGUCGAUCGAGCAAGCGCGAGAGACACUUCAUAUUGAUCCGAAUGAUGAGAAUGGCCUGAAGCCGGCAACGAUACGACGGCAAUACUACAAAUUGGCGGCGAAAUAUCAUCCCGACAAGAAUCCGGAAGGACGCGAGAUGUUUGAGCGAAUCAAUGCGGCCUAUGAAUAUUUGAGUAGCGCCAGCGCUCAGAAAUCGGGAAUUCCGGAUUCGCACCGCAUUGUGCUCUGUUUGCAGGCGCAAUCGAUUAUCUACAGUCGGUAUAGUCAAGAAUUGUCCGAAUAUAAAUAUGCGGGCUACUCGCAGCUUAUCAAAACGAUUGAUUUGGAAGCGAAGGAUCAAACGCUAUUUGUUAAGGGUGGUGGCGAUUUGCUCUCGGCUGCCAUUGAGCUCGCCAAUUAUACGCUUAUCAGCAGCGCGUUGAACGCAGAACAAUUGAGACGUGAGAAUGGACUGGAGGCGUUGGUCACCGCGUUUGAUCGUUGCGUUCCGAUGAUCACGAUGAGCUCGACACCUGACGAUAUGCCGGUGCAAGUUUCGAUACACGUGUGCAAUUGUUUUGCGACGUCGGCGACGUUUGAAGGAUGUCGUCAGCGUCUCGUCGAAAUGCCAACAAUUUUUGGGAAUUUGUGCCGUCUAAUGCAGUUUGCGAGUCUGCCGAGACUUUCGACGGCCGCCGCGCAAUGUAUUCGAGCGAUGGCCGUCGAUACGCUUCUUCAGAUUCAGUUGUUCCAGACUGGAAUCCUUUGGCAACUUGUACCACAUCUGUUCCACUAUGAUUACACGCUUGACGAAGGCGGUGUGUCUCACAGCGAGGAGUCGAACAAACAAUCGUUGGCGAACUCAUUGGCGCGAUCGUCUUGUGAAGCGUUGGCGGCGUUGGCGGGAUUCCGCGACGACACGCCGGCGAAUGAAGGCGUUCAGAAUAGCCUACGCGCUCUACUCACCCCGUACGUUUGUCGGUGUAUGCGGCACGAUAGCAAUGAUGCGGUUCUGAAAAUCCUCAACAGCAAUUUGGAGAAUCCCUACAUGAUCUGGGAUAAUGGCACGAGAGCGGAGGUGUUGGAGUUUGUCGAACGACAUCGGACAUCGAACGAGCCUUCGAGCGAGCUGUUCGGCGCCGAGUUCGAGCUCUCCGUGCACGCCAAAGAGCUCAUCGUUGGCGACAUUUUUGUGAGGAUUUACAAUGAGCAGCCGACGUUUCCGCUUCAUGAGCCGAAGAAGGUUGCCGCCGAUCUUAUCGAAUACAUUUCGAAACAUGCUGAUGAGCUUGUGGGACCAGCGAAGAAGUCGAAGCAGAGCGAUGAUUUGAUUGAGAUUGACUGGGGAAACGGUCCGAUGACGAAUGGUAACGCUCUUGCGGCCGAUUCGAAGGUUCAUAUGACGAUGACAGCGCUUGCGAAUAUCAUUGCAGCCAAUCCAGGAUCGUCGUUUGCUGAUAAAAAAGGCGUCGAAAUUCUGCUCAUUGGCAACUUCAAGCUUUUCAUUGCGUACCUACGAUGCCGAAAAUAUCCGGACCUUCAAUUGGGCGCACUCAGGGUGUUGUCGUUGGCGGCGGCGAACAAGGAAUGCGUGACGGAUUUGGCGACGUGCGGCGUCACCACCACACUGUUCACCAUGUUGAGAGAUGAGCCGAAGAAUGUCGCGCUGAUUUUGAACAUAUUGAUCGCACUGUCGUCGAACGGUCAAAUCGCCAAAGAGAUGCUUGAGCACGGCGGUCUUAUGUACAUAUUGGCGAUAUUGUGCCAAACGAUGUCCGAGCAGGGACAACGAUUAUUGGCGGCUGAGCUUCUCGCCAAAUUGCAGGCGGAUAAGCUGAAUGGUCCGAGAUGGACGAGAUUUAUCAUCAAAUUUUUGCCGGAGAUUUUCGCCGACGCUCUUCGGGAUUCGCCGGCGACCGCCUUACAAAUGUUUGACUCGUCAAAUGAGAAUCCGGAGUUGAUUUGGAACGACGCGACUCGAACCAAAGUCAAGAAUGUCAUCGACGCGGAGGUCGGUCGCCUCUAUGAGCAGCACCUCAAAGAUCCCGCGUUUAAAUGGAAUACGACGAAUCUGGCCGACAAGGAGUGCGCUUAUGGCGAUAGCAUUAGCGGGGAGUUGAUCGUCGGCGGUGUGUUCGUUCGUCUGUUUGUUGAGAAUCCCGGAUGGGCGGUCCGACAUCCGAAGCAUUUUGCCACUGAGCUCAUCGAGAAGGUGCUCGAGCUCAUGAGUAAACCCAACUCGGAGAUUGAGCUCGUCACGAAAGCGUUUGUGGAGCUUGUUCGCCAUCAUCCGAACACGGCCGAUCAGCUGCCGUCGCAAGGCUAUCUGCCGCAAUUCUGCACGGCGAUGUGCCUUCAGAAUACGUCGGCGUCGCGAAGCGCGAUUCUCAUCCUGCAGGAGCUCAGCGAGAAUCAAUAUUGUUGCGACGCGUUGUCGCAAUUGAGCUGCAUCGACGGCAUCAUGCGAUCGAUGAAGAAGCAGCCGAGUUUGAUGCGCGAAUCGGCGCACGCGCUCAAAUGUUUGAUGAAGAGGAACUCGGGUGAUCUUGCCGCCCAAAUGCUCUCGUGUGGAAUGGUCCAGUACCUUCUUGAGGUGCUCGACAGCUCAAUGAGCGGUGUUGAGAAUGCGGCGGCGGCUCGCGCUGAAAUUGUCGAUGCGCUGAAAUCGGCGUGUCUCGAUCUCAAAGUCGGUCAGAAGAUUGCGGAUAUUCUUGACAAGUCGCCGAUUUGGGUGCAGUUCAAGGAUCAGAGGCACGAUUUGUUCUUGCCGGCAGCCAGGACCCAAGCGAUCACAGGUGGAACGACUGGAGUUGCCGGAUACCUGACGGAAGGCAUGUUCAAUCCGCCGCCUCUUCACAAUCAGCCGCCGCCACUUUAA